AUGCCACGAGCGUAUCGAGCUCUCCCGCCUCCGUCCCGCCUUUCUCAGGUCAUGCAAUUUCUAAACAAAGAGCCGAAGCCACUGCUAUCUACACUAUCCUCAAUUCAAUUGAAGCUCGCUGUACGGAACGAUCACUGGGGUGCACGGCAUUUCUUGAAGGAGGACAUGCCCCGGAUACAAUACACGAAUCCAAACAUCAAGAUUAAAGUAAAUAGACUCAAGAAAACCAAGGAGGAGAACUGGGAUCCCGAGCUGGAACUUCACUUCCGUGAUGGCAAGGAGCAAAAGUUGUCGCUCGCUGACAAACGAUCUUCUGACAUCUUCGUUGAGCUCAUGAACCUGGCCGGUGGCAUUCAGUGGGACCGGUGGAAACAGCAGCGGACCUCUGCUAACCUCCCUCUCGUUGAUCCUCCCACUCCGAAAGCACCGUCAUUGGCAUCGCUCUCUACAAAACCUAUCACGGGAAAGAAGAAGCAAUCGACGGAAAAGAAGGAGCCCGAGGUCGUGCCAGAUAUGCCAGACUUAUCGAAAACGGGGGCGGCUAUGGUGCUUCCGUAG